AUGAGUUAUUCUACUCGGAAUAAAUUCGAGAUCGCGCGGUUUUCGGGCGAAGAAGAGAACCAUAUAAAUAAAAAAUUACCAAAAGAAUUGCUUCUCCGAAUAUUGUCUUAUUUGGAUGUGGUCUCGCUAUGUCGCUGUGCACAGGUGUCUAAAUUAUGGAAUAUACUUGCUCUUGACGGCUCCAAUUGGCAGAGGAUCGAUCUUUUCGACUUCCAGAGGGAUGUUGAGGGAUCUGUUAUAGAGAAUAUAUCACAUAGAUGCGGGGGCUUCCUAAGGCAAUUGUCGUUGCGUGGGUGUGAGAGUAUUGCAGAUGGGUCUAUGAAGACUCUUGCGCAGUCUUGCCCCAAUAUCGAAGAUCUGAAUUUGAAUAAGUGUAAGAAGGUCACAGACCACACGUGUCAAGCCCUUGGCAGGAGGUGUAGCAAGCUGCAGAGAAUAAACCUGGACUCGUGUCCAAGUGUAACAGAUAUAUCCUUAAAGGCGCUAUCAGAUGGAUGUCCACUUUUGACACACGUGAAUGUGUCGUGGUGUCAGUCGAUUUCGGAGAAUGGGGUUGAGGCUUUGGCGAGGAGCUGUCCGAAAUUGAAGAGUUUUAUUUGCAGAGGUUGUAAAAAUGUCAACGAUCGCGCCGUGUCCUGUCUGGCGACAUUCUGUGUAGAUCUGGAAGUGCUUAAUGUUCAGGGAUGCGAUAACUUGACAGACGAUUCGAUAUCGAAGCUGGGUGGUGCCAUGCGUCGUCUAUGCGUGUCGGGUUGUACCCGUCUGACAGACACGUCCCUCUGCGCUUUGGCUACCAAGUGUCCAGAUUUGGUCACGUUGGAGUUGGCCCAAUGCGCUCAGCUGACGGAUGCGGGGUUCCAGGCUCUCGCUAGGAGCUGUCGAAUGCUUGAACGAAUGGACUUAGAGGAAUGUGUACUCAUUACUGACACCACCUUGGUACAUUUGGCCAUGGGCUGUCCGCGACUAGAGAAACUUACAUUAUCACAUUGCGAAUUAAUAACGGAUUAUGGAAUUAAACAACUGUCAAUGUCGCCGUGCGCAGCGGAACACCUCACCGUGCUAGGUCUAGACAACUGCCCGUUGGUGACGGAUGGCGCGUUGGAGCAUUUGAUCUCGUGUCACAAUCUUCAGCUCAUCGAGCUAUACGACUGUCAGAUGGUGACGAGGAACGCAAUACGAAAAUUGAGGAAUCACCUACCGAACAUCAAGGUGCACGCUUAUUUCGCGCCCGUGACUCCGCCGGUGGCAGGUGGCGGCGCGAGGCCACGCUACUGCCGCUGUUGUAACAUCAUAUGA